AUGAACUUUUCUGUUUUUUCUCGCCUCCCUCUCCAUUCCUCUGUAUCUUUUUUUCUCCAUGAAACCAUUUUGAAAUGUAAACAUGGGAACAGGAAUAAAAUUUGUCUCUCUUGCCUUUCUCUCUCUCUCAACUUUCUCUUUUUUCUUUCUUUGGCUCAGUUCUCUCUCUCGCCUUCCUCUCUAAGUUGUCUCUCUCUCGCCUUCCUCUCUAAGUUGUCUCUCUCUCUCGCCUUCCUCUCUAAGUCGUCUCUCUCUCUCUCGCCUUCCUCUCUAAGUCGUCUCUCUCUCUCCUUCCUCUCUAAGUCGUCUCUCUCUCUCGCCUUCCUCUCUAAGUCGUCUCUCUCUCUCGCCUUCCUCUCUAAGUCGUCUCUCUCUCUCGCCUUCCUCUCUAAGUCGUCUCUCUCUCUCGCCCUCCUCUCUAAGUCGUCUCUCUCUCUCUCGCCUUCUUCUCUAAGUCAUCUCUCUCUCUCUCGCCUUCCUCUCUGUCCUCUCUCUCUCGCCUUCCUCUCUGUCCUCUCUCUCUCGCCUUCCUCUCUGUCCUCUCUCUCUCGCCUUCCCUCUGUCCUCUCUCUCCUUCUCUCUGUCCUCUCUCUCUCCUUCCUCUCUGUCUCUCUCUCUAACCUUCCUCUCUGUCCUCUCUCUCUCGCCUUCCUCUCUGUCCUCUCUCUCUCGCCUUCCCUCUGUCCUCUCUCUCUCGCCUUCCUCUCUGUCCUCUCUCUCUCCUUCCUCUCUGUCCUCUCUCUCUCGCCUUCCUCUCUGUCCUCUCUCUCUCGCCUUCCUCUCUGUCCUCUCUCUCUCGCCUUCCUCUCUGUCCUCUCUCUCUCGCCUUCCUCUCUGUCCUCUCUAAGUCGUCUCUCUCUCGCCUUCCUCUCUAAGUCGUCUCUCUCUCUCUCGCCUUUCUCAACCUGA